CUUGAAAACUGGAUUUGAACAUUUGUUUCAAUUUCAACAGCGCAUCCCAGUGGUCUCCUACCCACGAACUCCUUCCUUCGUCGUCAACAUUUCCAUGCACAGACAGCGCCGAGCACUCAUGCGGACCCCACUUUUCUCACUGCAUAGCAAUCAUUUGCCCCUCCUCUUCUUCUCUCUUUCUGCCUCUGCUCAUUUCUAUCUGUAUCUCUUUGCUAUUCACUCUUUUGUUCCUUCCUCAACAGGGUAUAUUCCAAAAGACUCGUUUUUUACCCACCUUUGAAUCUUUCUGAACUUUCUAUCUGCUUCCAAAAGACUCGUUUUUAUGAGCUUUGGACCUUUAAGAAGGUUGUAUUUUUUUAACCCCAAUUACCCUCGCGGCGGAUUCAUGCUUGUUACUUUCAUGGCUCCUCUAAUUCAGUUAUUUUUUAAUCUAUACAUAUAACACUUCUUGAACUUCUUUAACUUUCUCGUUUACCAAGUUUCUGAUGUGCUGCUUCUCCUCGUGUUUAUGUGUGUAUGAGGGUUGAUAUUAUCUAUAGGCUGCUGAGGUUUUGGUUUUGUUUGGCUAGGUUGACUCCAAAAUUUCCAGAAUUUUAUUCACAAUAUAUUGAAUAUAAUACUCAGCCAUCAUCUACGAAAAACUGUGUUUGUAAGGAUGUUUAGUUUUUGAACAAAGCUGGUUGCUUUGACUUGGGGUUUGCAUGAAGCUGGAUUGAGUUGAAUUCUUCUUUCAAGAUUGCGACUCUUUUUGGUUCUUUGUUCAAAAUUGCCAUGUUUGGAAUUAAAGUUCGACUAUAAGUGGGGUUCUAUAGGUUGGUUCUGCAGCUACACAUGUGCUCAGUGGUUUGAUUUACAAGGAGCUUCAUUUAUUUUUUGUAUAAAACAAACUGGCUGUAAUUAGAAGUUAAAGGAUGUCCCAAAGUUCAGAAUCACAGUUGCCUGUGCUACAUAAUCUAUAUUCUUCUUCUUGCUCCCCCUCAGCUUCUCCUCCUUUGCCAUAUGAUGGAAGGAGGCGAUCACAAGUAUUGACUUUCAACACGGUUGAUGUGUCCCAUAGGAAAUCACUAGAUUUGGAAAGACAAGUUUUUCCCGAGUGCAUAGGGGCAUCAAAGGAAGAAAAGAAGAUGAAAAAUAGAUCUAGACGUUGUUAUAGGUCUGGGAAAGGCAAGUGGUGGACUAAAGAGUCAUGUUUGGUUUGUGAUGCCAAGUAUUGUUGCAAUUGUGUGCUUAGAGCAAUGGGAUCCAUGCCAGAGGGGCGCAAAAGCGUGACUUGCAUUGGCGAUCCAAUUGAGGAAUCGAACCGGACAAAACUGGGGAAACGUUCGAGGGUGUUAUCAAGUUUGCUUAGUCCUUUGGAAGUUAAGCAAAUAAUGAGAGCUGAGAAAGAAUGCUUAGCUAAUCAACUUAGGCCGAGUCAGGUGAUUGUGAAUGGAUAUCCUUUGAAGGCGGAAGAGAUGGAAGAUCUGUUUGGUUGCCCUUUACCUCCUCAGAAGUUGAGACCUGGAAAGUAUUGGUAUGACAAAGAAUCUGGUCUUUGGGGAAAGGAGGGACAAAAACCAAAGAGUAUUGUGAGUUCAAAUCUAAAUUUUACCGGAAAGCUUAGUCCUCAUGCAAGCAAUGGAAACACACAGGUCUACAUUAAUGGCCGUGAAAUAACAAAAGUUGAGCGCAAAGUAAUGAAGCAUGCAAAUGUUCAAUGUCCUCGUGACACUCACUUUUGGGUAUAUGAUGAUGGCCGUUAUGAGGAAGAAGGACAAAAUAAUAUCAGAGGAAAUAUAUGGAAAAAAGCAUCGACACGGCUAUUCUGCUCCUUGUUUUCCUUGCCUGUACCUCAUGCUCAGCCACGUAUCCAUAGGGAUUCCCCUAGCAAUUACAGUAUUGUCACUAACUUUGUGGAGUGCAGAAGAGUUCAGAAGUUGCUUCUACUUGGACAGGAAGGCUCUGGAACUAGCACCAUUUUCAAACAGGCCAAAGUAUUGUAUGGUAACAAGUUCACUGUAGAAGAGCUACUAGACAUUAAGCUUAUGAUUCAAUGCAACAUCUACAAGUAUCUAAGCAUUCUACUUGAUGGACGGGAGCAAUUUGAGGAGGAGGCCUUGUUCGAUAUGAAGGCACAAGGUGGUGAAGGUAAUCAGUGUGUGUAUUCACUGAACCCAAGGUUGAAGCAAUUUUCUGAUUGGCUAUUAGAUAUAAUAUCCACCGGAGAUUUAGAUGCAUUUUUCCCAGCAGCAGCUCGAGAAUAUGCUCCUCUAGUUGAGGAGGUGUGGAAUUAUCCUGCUGUACAGGCAACAUACAAGAGAAAAGAUGAACUUCUCUUCCUUCCAGAUGUGGCGGGUUACUUCUUAAGCAAGGCAGUAGAGGUAUCAAGCACCGAAUAUGAACCAUCAGAGCAAGACAUACUUUACGCAGAAGGGUCGAAAGGUUUGGCCUUCACAGAGUUCUCCUUGAACGACCAUAGCCCAAAGUCUGAAACUUCCCAUGCAGCCGAGAACUGUCCAGAAGGCCCUCCCCCGCCUCUCACAAGGUAUCAACUUAUAAGGGUCAAUGGGAAGGGUAUGACUGAAGGGUACAAGUGGGUCGAGAUGUUUGAAGAGGUAGACGCGGUAGUCUUCUGCAUCGCCCUGAGCGAUUAUGAUCAGGCGUGUUCCAACCCAUUGAACAAAAAUGGCAGUGGGGUCCAACUCCGUAACAAGAUGGUCCAAAGCAAAGAGCUCUUUGAAAUGAUGGUAAAGCAUCCCUCUUUCAAAGACACGCCCUUCGUCUUGGUCCUCAACAAGUAUGAUCUGUUUGAGGAGAAGGUUAAGAGAGUGGGUCUGGGUAGCUGCAUUUGGUUCUCAGAUUUUAAUGCGGCGUAUACUCAUCACAACAACCAAACGUUGGCAACCCAAGCCUACUAUUAUGUUGCAAAGAAAUUCAAAGACGUGUAUUCUUCCAUCACGGGGAGGAAGCUGUUCGUGUGGCAAUCUCAAGUGAGGGAGAGGGCAACUGUCGAUGAGGUGUUCAAGUAUAUAAGGGAGGUUCUGAAGUGGGAUGAGGAAAAGGAAGAGAAUGUUUAUGGUGGGGGAGUUGAGGAUUCAUUCUUUAAUAGCACAACAGAGUUAAGCUCAAAUCAUUUUCUUUCCCGGCUGGAGUGGAGCCACUAGAAUGCUUGUCACUUCGAUGAUAUCACGAAGACUGAAGAUGAUGUUGUAGCAAAGAUCAAGCACGUGGUUUACAAGAUUCUCUACAACAUCUAUCCUUAUAAAUUGAUCACUUUUUGAUUUCUUUAGCCACGGCUAGUGUACGUUUCGUUGAACUUUUGGUGUGUGCAUCUUGCAACACCAUCUGAUGGCUUGUUUUGCCUUGGUUAUUUUUG